ACUCGCCGCCGGCGCCUCCCCGCGGUGCGGAGCGGUGCGGUGCGGUGCGCUCGGCUCGGCUCGGCCCCCGCCGGCGCUGCGGCAGGAUGCGGGGCUGCGGCGGGCACCGCGCCCUGCUGCCGGCCCUGCUGCCCGCCCUGCUGCCCGCGCUGCUGCUGCCCGGCGCCGCCGCCGCCACCGGCUCCGGCCCCGCGCCCGGCGGCAAUUUCCUGGAGGACGAGCAGUGGCUGUCCUCCAUCGCGCAGUACGGCGGCCGCAUCCGGCACUGGAACCGCUUCCGAGACGAGGUGGAGGACGACUACAUCCGGAGCUGGGAGGACGGGCAGCCCCCGGAUGAAGGAGAGGACAGCACCAAGGACCCGUGCCAGAAGGUGAAGUGCAGCCGGCACAAGGUGUGCGUGCCGCAGGGCCCGCAGCGCGCCGUCUGCGUCAGCCGCAAGAAGCUGGAGCACAGGAUCAAACAGCACGGGGGCUGCAGGCCGUGCCACGCCGCCCGCCCAGCGCCCGUCUGUGGCUCCGACGGACACACGUACAGCUCUGCGUGCAAGUUGGAGCAGCAGGCGUGCCUGGCCGGCAAGCAGCUGACGGCGCGCUGCGACGGGCACUGCCCCUGCCCCACCCCCGGCAGCACGCAGGAGCCAUGCACUGGGCAGGACCUGGCCGACCUGGGGGAGCGGCUGCGCGACUGGUUCCAGCUGCUGCGUGAGAACGCAAAGCACAACGCCUCCGGAGGGACUCCCGGCACCGCGCUGGCGGCCGGCUGCAAGGAGGCAGUAGGGUGGAUGUUCGGGCGCUUGGACACCAGUGGGGACCGUGUCCUGGAGCAGCCCGAGCUGGCUGCCAUCAACCUGGACAAGUACGAGGCGUGCAUCCGCGCCUUCUUCAACUCCUGCGACACCUCCCGCGAUGGGCGCGUCACUGCCGCCGAGUGGUGCCUCUGCUUCUGGAGAGAAAAGCCACCGUGCCUGCGGGAGCUGGAGCGGCUGCAGAUGCAGGAGGCAGCCAAGGUGCAGCCGGGCAUCUUUGUGCCCAGCUGUGACGAGGAUGGCUACUACCGGCGGGCGCAGUGUGAGCCAGGCGGCGCGCAGUGUUGGUGCGUGGACCCCCAGCACGGCACCGAGCUGAGCGGCACCCGCUCCCAUGGGCAUCCCGACUGCGAGGACGCGGCGGGGUUCUCAGGAGACUUCGGCAGCGGCGUGGGCUGGGAGGAUGAGGAGGAGAAGGAGCCUGAGGAGGCAGCCGAGGAGGCUGAGGAGGAGGAGGCCGAGGCGGGUGAAGGAGAUGAUGGCGGCUACAUCUGGUAGAGAGGGGGGGGGCACGGCUGGGGGCAGCCCCUAUCGCCCCGUUGCCCCCCGGCACAGAGCGCAGGGGCAGCCCCCGGCCCCAAGCGGGACAGGGCUGUGGGGCGCUCGCCCGGGCGGGCCCCACGGCGGGCGGGGGGCGAGCAGCGCGGGGCUGAGCUCGUGCCCCCCACCCCCCUGUCUGCGCUUUUUUUGUUUUUAUUUUUAAUUAAUUUUAUUUUUCUUGGGGGGGGCGGGAGGGGAGUAGAACCUAGCGUGCUGCUGCGUGGUCAGAAAGUGCACUAAUAAAUGAAAAUUGGGAAAAAAAUGGGAAAAAAGCAAAACAGAACCAACCCACCACCAACAACCCCCUCCCCCCCACCAGUCCCCCCCAUACCCCCGACCCCCUGUCCGUGCUGUGCUUGCUGCUGCGGUGUUGUGAAAUAAACGCCCGUGCUGUGUCGAA